GUUAAUUGUCACUGAUCAAUCAACUAAAGUUUCAGCUCUCCUCAGCUUUUCUUCAAUCUGAGCUGCUCUUAAAAAUCUCCUUAAGUGCGCUGAGUCAGAGAGACAGCGCCCCCUGUCAGCACAACCUGAAGCUGAGGCUUAGGACAACAUGUGACUUCACCAAACAAGAAUAAGAAUAUAAUGACAUACAGGGAUAACAAAUGAUAAAAAUGUAACCUCUGACACAGACAACAUGAAGGCAUAAAAUCUGUCUAGCUCUGAUUUUAAGUGGACACAGAUGCAGGCAGACACUGUCAUCAAGGAGAGGUCUCAACUUUUACUUUCUGCUCCACAGUGACUGAUAUCAAGUGACAUAAUCAAUGAACAACAGUAUAUUCUAAAUAUGGAAAAGCCCCAGUUCUAAAAACAAAUGAAACAUGAAGAGCAAAAAAAUAGCAGAUUAUGUGACUCACUGAGGGGAAACAAUGAAGAAAACUGUUUUAAUUGAAAAUAUCUAACUGACUUGUUUUCUCUUUUCUCGGUAAAGUUCUGUUUUGGCAGUGUGUGGUAUUAGUGUUCAAUGCCCUGAAGGCACCGUUGAAACCGAAAGAAAGGAGAGAGAGAGAGAGAGAGAGAGAGAGAGAGAGAGAGAGAGAGAGAGAGAGAGAGAGAGAGAGAGCAUUCCUCCGUAGCUCCAGGGUGAUGAGGAGGGUAAGCCAGCCCCUCUCUGCUGCUCUCUCUCGGUUGCAGCCCAUCAGUCCAGCGCUGCCUCCUCCAGCAGCUCCAGUCGCUCUUUGCGCAGCAGCUGAGCGGUGAACAGACAUGGACACGUCCGAACUUUAACUUCCAGGUCGUCUCUCUCCUCUCCAGCUCGCUCUCCUCCUCCCCCCCGCGCGCUCCUCGCUCUGAGCCCCGAAUGAAAAGCUCUAUUGGCAGCCGCGGACUCAUGGAGAUCUAAUUUUUGCUCCUAAUUCUCGGUCAGUCGGUCACGUCUGUGGAGAUCUGCUGUUUGGCUGUUUUUUUUUUUCUUCGCUUGUUGGUUUUGUGGUCUACUCAUGCGUCGGGAAUGCCAUGGCCACUCCGAACGCACAGCAGCAGCACCAGGAUUAUUUCAGAUCGGUGAGCAGCGAGUCCACCACCUACAUGAUGGUCCCGGCCGUCGGGCCGAGCAGGACGGGGCGCAAGGAAGCGCCGUCCAAGAUGUGGGUGGCGAUGGUGGUGAUAGUGGUGGUGGUGCUGCAAAUUGCUUCCACCACGGGGCUCUUUGUCUACCUGAACAUGUCCAUAUCGGAGGUGCGUAGCCAGGGCGUCACAGAGGAGCUGAAGUGCCUGAGUCUACUGAACGCUCUGGAUAAGGACCAGGACAUCCCGGACCAGCUGGCCCAGCUCUUUGGAGAGCCCUGCAUCAAACUGGCCGAAGGCAUCAAAGCAUACAUCUCCAAGGUGACAGAGAACAUCAUCUCCAAACAAACCUUCAUAGAAGCGAGAACCAUGCCUCGCCCUUUCAACAACUCGGGGUCAAAGUUCAUGACCUCGGUGGCCCAGAGGCCAUCUGCCCACUUGACUCUCAGAGACACCAGCUCUCAAGGGUUACCUCCCUACCCAAUUCCCACACCGGGUCUCCACCAGUCCUGUCGCCAUGUGGUCCGCUCAUGGGCCAAUCAGAGCUUUGGGGCUCACCUGCACAACAUGACCCUGUCCAACGGGAAGCUGCGAGUGCCUCAGGAUGGGCGGUACUACCUGUACUCACAGGUAUAUUUUCGUUAUCCGUCCCCAGCAGCCAGCGAUGGAGACCAGCGUAGCGUCAGCCACCAGCUGGUGCAGUGUGUCUACAAGAAAACCUCCUACCCAAGCCCCAUACAGCUUCUGAAGGGGGUGGGAACGAAGUGCUGGGCUCCGGACGCCGAGUAUGCCCUGCACUCUGUCUACCAGGGAGGACUAUUCGAACUGAGGGCUGGCGACGAACUCUUCGUCUCCGUCUCUUCCCCCACCAUGGUUAACGCCGAUGAUUCCUCCAGCUACUUUGGCGCCUUCCGCCUGGACCUCUGAGUGGAAGGGACGGGAGAAACAAAAGAUUAGAUAGGAAGGAUGGAUGGAUAAACGGAUGGGCUUGAGACAAUGAGCUACGGGCCUUCUGAAUAUCCGUUGAUUGGAACAAAGACAGAGGUGUUGGCCUGGAUCUUGGAUCCACAAUAUUUGCUUGGAUGGAUACACUGAAGGAUGGAAGGACUGGAGUUUGAAGGCCUCACUUGAGUGACGAACGCUGCAAGAGGAGGGGGUUGACAGGGAAAAGAAAGAGUGGAUUUUUCUUCCUUACUCUCCAUUACGAGAAACCUAACCGUUGAGAGCAAGAUAUACAGAGAUACAUGUGCAAUUACGCAAAAAUAAAUGUGAGGACAUUGAUUUACUGUUGAUUUUUUUUUUUUUAGGAGGGAAAUUUUCCUUUUGGAUGUCAAAAAGAGAAGUAAGCCACGGGAAAAACAUUCAACAUCUCCCUGACAGAUGAGAAAUGCCCCGAAGACAAAAAAAUUAGGCCAACCUGCUGCCUGUAUCCCAAAUUAACACAUGAAUCCCAAUGUAUCUCACAUGUCAAGUCAACAGCCUUUUUUGUGGGAAGCAAUCAGACCCUCAGAUUUGGAUUGCAGACCGAAGAAUGUACACACGAUAAAAACUCAAUCCUCUGCAUCGAAGAUGUGAGGAAGGACGGUGGGACGGUAGCAGAAGAAAAUCAACUGAUCAAACCAAAGCAAAAAUUUGUGGAAUAUAACUUUUUUUUAAGCGUGCCAUGAGAGUACUGUACAUAUGUAUGACUGAGAAUGAGAUUUAGACAAUGAACUGUGGUGAUUUUAAAAGUAAUUCAUGUGUACCUUGAUUGGACUCAAAACCACUUGCUUGCUUGGAGGUUUGUCAACACGCAACCCUAGAACUGUGGAUUUUAUGAAAAGGAUGGGAGGACGACGAGUGUCUCUUUUUACUGGAUACUGUACAGUAAUAAGGCUGUGAGAGGCACUGCAGAGCCUUCUGAACAACAGAGUUUGCAAGGAAAGGAAAAAUGAAAACAAGGAGGGGGAAGAGGGAGAAAUCUUGUAAAUGCCAACAAGAAUGAGCCCAGCGGAGGAACAUAAAAGGAAAGAGAGAGAAAGAGGCUGAGGGCAGUAGGCAGCUUGACUAGUCCGUGUUGUUGUACUCUUCUCUCUCUUUCACUAUCCCUCACGUUCUUUCUCCUUUUUUUUUUCAUGGAAAGAAUUUUAUCUAUCUCGUCUUUCUUGUCUAACCUGUGAAGCUGCACACAUUUUUUACAAAUUAUUUUAAGGUUCAGUUAAACAAUCGACCAGAAAACAACAGACAUAUGUGAACAAGAUGAUAGAUAAACUUCCAAAUAGGCUAGUCACAUAAACACUUAGAGUAUGGUUGAAAAGUGAAAGUUUUUCUUAGACAUUUUGGUUACAUGGAACUGUUGUUUCAACAGUAUUUUAAGGACUAUGUUUCAACUUGUGUCACUCUGAAAUACAGUCACUAAAACUUUGUUGAAACCCUCAGCCAUCUAAAAUAAAAUGAAUUUGGAACAGAAGCUGAAAUUAACAUCAAGGAGAAAUUUGAUACAACCUUCAUAUGUAUCCGUAAACUAUUACGCUAAAGCCAGGCGAAGGUUAUCAUGCAAAGGGGAACAGCAAGGCUAGUUUUUGCUAAGCUAAGCUAACUAUCUCCUGGCUAUAGCUUCAUAUUCAAAAGACAGUGACAGUUCUACUGAUCUUCUCAUCUAAUUUUCGGCAAGACAGCACAGCAUAUUUCCCCAAAAUGUCAAACUAUUCCUUUAAUGUACAACUACCAGCUUUUUAUGACGUGCCGAUCAGAUGUUUUUUAACAUUAACGGAAUCAUUAGUUGACCAUGUAAAACAAAAUUGAUCGUAUAUAUCAAUGCAAAAGCUGUUCUUAGUUAAACUCGUGGUCAGAUUGUGCCUUCAGAAAACCAAACAGCUUCUCACCAAGAGCUAAGUACCUCUAAUAUGGCUGCCAGUAACCUGGAAACACUGAUAACAUGCACAAAAACACACUAAUACUGUGCAGUAGAAACACACCCAUAUGCUGCAAAUACAGAACAUAGAGUCCCUCAGCAGCAAAGUUUGUCAAGUGAUCACAGAAAAGGUGAAUUUAAGGAAAACACAGACCAGAUUUAGUAACAAGACACAGACGCACAUAAAGAACGAUUUGAAAGGAGAGGAUUUUAGAAGACAUAAACCAUGCUCUGACUAGCACAGACUCAACCACUACACGCGUUUUUUCUCUGGCACACACACAUUCACAUAAAGCAGAUACACACACAUCACAUCACACCACAACCGGGCUAGUCUGUGCUCUGCAGACACACACAUCACCCAGUGUCACCUCCAGUGUAAAGACAAAAACGAACUCUGACACAUACUCAUUUAUCCACACUGUCUCGCCUCCCUGUGCCAUCUGGUAGUUGUCAGUGAUCAGUCGGAGGCAUGCAAGGAGUGUGUGCGUGUGUGCUUACAGUACAUGUUUGUUCAAAGGGCUUGGUUCACAUGGACAAUUCAGGAAAACAAGGUCAAACUAACUGACACACACCUUUCUUUGUUUGUGUACGAAACCUUCGAUUUGUUUUCCCUGAGAGAAAGGGAGUAAUACACUCAAACACACAAUUUUAAUAAGGUGACAUCCAGGCUAAGCCUGUCCAUCUGGCACUGUGGUUCACAUAUACCUGUGUAUAUACUCUAUGCAAGGUUUUGUUAUACUAUAGGUUUGUUAGGGAAGUUAUGAAAACACUACAACACAUACCGUUUAUUUUUCUGCACAAAGAACAAAACUGAAGGCAAAUUUCAUUUUGUAUUUGAUUGCUGUUUUAGCUGCUUUUUUCACUGGGUGGCGUGCACCUGGUCACGUUUCUUUUGGGCUUUAUCAAUGCCACGUUGCAUCACACAUACCGAGCUCUCUGUGAACUGGAGACUAAAUCUGUUUAUUAUCCAGGGUUAAGUUCAACAAUCAUGUGGCCUUUUCUUUCUUGCACUUCCAACCAAAACAAACAGUUUAUUGAAACAGGUCCAGCAACGAUGAUAAUGCAACGUACAGACUCGUAUUAUUAACAGCAUAAAUCCCUGAACCAGCUGGGAAAAUUUUUGCAUUGAAUGUGUUUGAGCACUGUUUGUACUGGACAGUUCUGUAGCUGUGAACAUGUGUAGCACAUUGUUGCAAAGAAAAUAAACAAAUAUCUGAACGUUCCCUGUGUAUGUGGAGAUCUACAGUGUGGCAACAAAGUGAUUAAAAAGAACAUCCUUCAACUAAUGAUCUCAGGGUAGGUAUCCCAGUUAGCAUGGUUUAGGUAAUUCAGAGGUUAAAUACUUCUACAGUAAGGUCUUGGUCAUUUAAAUGCUUGAGGAACAUUGAUGAUAUGGGAAUCCUCCAAAGGGUUCACAAGUUAAAUCUGGAGGGUUAAAAAUGGGAAAGGACAUGGGAAAAACACUAAAAUGUGUAUUCAUUUUGGAAGGUUUUUCUUGAACUGAUGGAAUUGCCCAGAAUUCCUAGAAAUUUGAAGCCAAAAAGGUUUUAUGUUACUGGUAAAAAAGUUUUUUAAAAAGUCUUUUUCUAGACAUUGUUUGACUUCCAUAUCCCCAAGCCUGGCCACUUUGAUGUUUUCAUUGUGAAGACAUUAAAAGCACUUCACAGUGUCUGUUCAGCAGCUGACUCUUGACCUUUGACCUCCCUCUGCAGGAGUGGGCACAGGGAUCUGCUAUGUAUCCUACUGUUAUUGCCAAAUAACUGGCAGUAGUCUUGUUGGUAUUUAGACCAAAGACCAAUUUGUUAAGUUUCUUUUGCAGGAAGCACAACUCAGGACUCCUGCUGGUUGUUUAAUUAAUUGUCAUCUGGAGUUUAAAUGGUUUUCAUUUGGAGCGCCCCGCAGAGUGAGCUUGCUUCUCUCGCAGCACUGUCACAACAUUUCUUUUUCUGGUAGAUAACAAAUAAAAAAGCCAUGGGAGCACAUGCUGCUUUAGUGCCAUGUCUGUUUGUGUUCAAAAACAUGAAAACAAUAAGCCUGCUUGCACAGUGUGGGGCCAUGUCAUACCAAAUCAUCUCAGUAAUUCAUGACAGCUAAAUCAAACAAAGUGUUUUGAGAAAUAAACAUCAAACUUUAUCGUCUGAGGAAACCCAUUCUACUCAGAAUUAGAUUUCUAAUGACAACCUGAUUUUCAGUAAUUAGAUUUAAUAGAAGAACUUUCCCAAAAUUAUCACACUCGUCUACAAACAUUAUUGCCUCUAAAAGACAAAUACUUUCAGACAAUCACCUGCAGACAAUCUACAGUGCAGCCAAGACACAUUAGGACAUGGGUUGAUGGGUUUUCAUUGUUUUGGCUCUGUACUCCAUCACAUUGUAAUCUAGGUAGGUUUAAGUGCUGACUUUCAGUUUGGGUGAACAGUACUAAAGGUGCUGUAUGGAAGUUUUUGUAAUCCCUACAUAGCUAACGUUAGCAUGAACAGCUAUUUAUUUACCAGUAUAAAAGACAUGUUGCAAGUUCAGCAUCAAACUUACUUCCUUUAGUCGCCAAGAGCUGCUCUCCAGUGGUGGAAAACAACAGUGUUAACUCGUGUUUUGCUUCUGUUUUCCUCUACUGAAGUUAGCAUGCUAACCAGCUAGCCCCAACAUACCAUCUCAUAUAGCCAUUUUGUGAUAGUGAGUCACUGUAGUGUCCAGUCUGCCAUCAGUCCAACAUGAGACGAUGAAGAAGUAGCACUGCAUAUUCUAACCUCUUGUCUUGGUAAGUAAAAGUUUGUUGAUGCUAACGUUGGCUAUGUAGUGACAGUAAAGACUUACAUAUAGCACCUUUAAACUGGAAUGUUCCUGACUGGCUGGAUCAAUCACCCGUAUUCAGUCUGCCUGAUCAUUUGUUUCUUUUGUUGAAGACCAGACUAAAGGCAAAAAGUCCAGAACACAAGCAAGAAAUCAAACUAGCUACAACCAAAGAGGGUGUCUACUGUAGAUUUCACGGUUAUUGGCCACACUUUCUUCAAGUUUGCCUGACCUUGUCCAAUUACCUUCUGAUGCAGGCUAUGAAUAAAAAUGGCUACUAAUUAGUGUUCAAUGACGUGGAUGUAAAAACACCCUCAAAUGUGGUGUCCCUUCUGACUGAAGUCUCGUCUCAAGUUCACAUGACAACCGAAGCAAAAACAGAACAAACACAACACCAAAAAGACUCUUGCCAACCACUGAGCCACUGCUCAGCCCAAAGAAAAUGGCCCAAGAGGAUCAAAUUAGAUUAAUGGUCUAUAGUCUUUAGAGGGUGUGCGUGUGUGUGUGUGUGUGUGUGUUUGUGUGGUGUGACAUUUGAAACUAACACUCUGUUAGCUGUCAGCUCUGAAUCCAACACAGGACAAGGUCAAUUUAAUCAGUCAUAUUCUCAAACGAGAAAACAUCACAGCUCAAUGCUGUUGGAUUUGGCAGUUCAGUUCUGCAUUGUUGAAUAAUGCCCAUAUUCCAUACCCAUGAAAAUAUUCUAUCCUCUUUGUAAUUAUGUCUUGUGUGUUUUUGUUGCAUGCGGCUUUGCACAAAAAUGCAGAAAAGCGGUCUUGGAUAAAAGUGCCUUUUGAACCCCAGAUCUGUUUCUACAGGAUGUUGUAGGAGCUGCAUUAGAAAUUGCCAGGCCACAAGUCGGUAACACUGUCCAUCUUCUGCUCCGCAUUAGACCUGGAGACAGAUACUGAGCAGUCACUGUAAAGGACUAGGAAAUCUAGACCUCACAUAAAUCAGCAGUCAGACCAGUUUCCAGCUGUGUUCUGUUUUGAGCUCCCAAUCCAAAGAGCCAUGUUGUGUUUAUGUUUUGAAAAUGAUGUGGCCUGCUGAGCAUAAUUAUAUAUUUGAAAGGGAAGUACAUCACAAGCCUUGUUUCAGUUUGACAGACCGGUUGUCCAAAAGCAACAGUUCGUCUGGCUUUACACAUGAAAUGUAGCUGCAUGGGGCCAAAAGAUUUAUUUACCAAGGUUGAUCCACCAUACUUUUGAAGUUAAAACUACUACUGUAGAGUUUCUCUUAAAUUAAGAAUGUCACCAAAACACACUGCAUAUCUUUGAGCCCUGAUUAACACGUUGAACACAAGAAGGAAAUACUAAUAAAUCAGUGCUCCCACGACUCCAAGUGGUACCUUUAAGUACCAUUUUGUUGGUAGUAGAUGGUAGUUUUUGCUAUGAAUGGGAAGGCAGAAGGCAGAACUAUUGUCACUGUUGGGUUAUAUUCUGUAAUUUAAUCACACCUCCUGCUUACUUGUUGCCCACUAGCUGAGGUUCUUCAUGCAGAAGUGGUACAAUGGCUUCUCCAGGUGCAACUGAACCAAUGAGAUUAUUUUCAGCUUCCAAGAAACAUCUGUGUCUUAUAAAAUAAAAUGCCUUAAACUCAAAUUUAUGGUUGUUAUAUAGCAAAAGAGGGCGGUUUCUUUUGAAAUCCUCCCUCCCAGACUGUUGUCCAUGGACAACGCGCUUGGACCGUAGCAAAUACGCUGUGACAUCAUGUUGCUGGCAUUGAGAUAUGGACUCAUCAGGUCCAGAUUACUGACCGUGUUCCACUGACUAUAAACAAUGUUUGUAGCAGGAUAAUCACAUUGGGUCAACUUAUCAAAUGUAACAACUGAAGACAGUAAAUCAAAUCCAGACCUCCAGCCCUCCAGAACUUUCUAUUUCACAAUAGGUUUGAGGAAAACAUAAUUGGGUUUGUACUGCUAUACUUGUGAAGACCCCAAGCAUAAAUAAACCCUUUGAAGAAGCAAGGACAGGCAAAUAGUCCCCUUCAGAGGAUUGUAAUUCUGUUUUCUUAAGAUCUCUCAGAAAUACAAUAACUCAUGUAAAGUACACAGUGACAAAGACCUUAUUCUCUGCUGUUUCUAUUUUACUUUGACAUCUCAAAGUAACACAGUUUCCCAGCUGUUCCAGGGAUGUGAAAAAGCAAGCUUCUGUUUAUCUCUAAACACAAAUUCACACUUAAUUUAUUUUCUCUCCAUAACUACACACAACACACCCUUUAUAUUGUUUCCUGCAUUACAUUUUUCCAAAUACUUGUUAUUUUGUUUUGGUCAUGCACCACUGCUUUAAAACAUUGUCUAUGAAUGUAGAUAUUGUUCAGUACAUAUCUUUUGCUCUUCUUCCCUUUGAUACCACUUGAGGAAUGUACAUGUAAAGGUUAUCUGUUGAUUGCCUAGUGCCUUUUAAAAUAAUGCUCCUCUGUUUUAUUUUGUGCUCAAAUAAAGUGCCUGUUGUCAGACGCUGA